CUUCCUGUUUGGAAGCCAGACAGCGGAAGAAGAGAGGAGGUUCCUCUCUUGUGUCAACACAGGGAGAUGCAUUACAGCUACAUCAUUUGUAAUACUUGCACAUAACUGAACCAUUCUGAGUAUAGCUGGAAUUAUUUAAUUCCUUUAAGAUUUGAUAAAUACAUUUUUCUUUGGAACGGCAGCUAUCCGUAGCAACAACCCAAAGGUGAAAUGAACGGAGCAGCAUUCCCUUCCCCCACGGCAGAGAUGGCGGAGAUGAACCGUAUCCAGUAUGAGCUGGAGUACACCGAGGGGAUCAGCCAGAGGAUGCGCAUCCCUGAGAUGCUCAAAGUGGCUCCUCAAGCCCACGAGGACCCUAAUUUUGGAUCUCAGGAGGUCCCCCACAGUGUGAUAAUGCAAGUCCCAGAGAGAAUUGUGAUUUCAGGAGACAAUAAUGACACCCAGUUCUCCAGACCUAGAGACCUGGACCUGAUCCAGUCAACGCCACUAGAAACCCUAUCACUGAAGACUCCACCCAGAGUCCUCACCCUCAGUGAUCGGCCCCUGGACUUCAUGGAAGAGGAGCAGCGGGCAGCUCCAGACAGUGAGGAGGUGCUGCGACCCCAAGCAAGAGUACGGCGGGAACGUUCAGCCAGUGAGAAUGCAGCUGCCCGCAAUAACAGCCAGCUGAUGCUGCGCAAUGAUUCUGCUGCGUCCCCGUCCCCCCCAGCCACUGUCCACCCUUGCCCCUCUCUCACCGUGACUGAGGAAGAGCACAACCUGUACAGCGCUAGCGGUGUUCUCUCUUUCAUCCAGUCCACUACACGUCGGGCCUACCAGCAGGUCCUGGAGGUCUUGGACGAAAAUCCUCGCAGCAAACCAUCACUGCGAGGGGGGUCGGCCUCAAGCUCCAACCCCCUGCAUGACCCCAGGCUUGCAUUAGCAACAUAUGAAGCCACAUUGGAUGCAGGGCCUGAUGACAUGACUGUAGUUGAUGCAACAACACUUCGACGUCAGCUCAUCAAGUUGAACCGGAGACUCCAACAUUUGGAAGAGGAGAACAAGGAGCGAGCAAAGCGAGAGAUGAUCCUGUACUCGGUCACUGUAGCUUUCUGGCUGGUCAACACCUGGGUGUGGUUGCGGCGUUAGAGCCAGCCUGUGCGUCUGCCAUCGCAGAACUGCCCAAGAACGUAUUUCUCCUUAUUCUAUGUGUCAAAUGUUAGCUACUCGCUGCACUCAGUCCCUGUGUGUGGAAGGCCUUGGAACAUGUGUACAAGGCCUGUUGCCCACAGGGCUUAUAUUUUGAUUUGGUUUAUUUAAUACAUGUACAGUUUUAUUUUUUUACUCUUAUUUCAUCCUGUCUGAUAUUUCCUCAUGUUUUCUUUUAUUACAAAUCUUUUUGCUCUACGCUAAGCAUGACUUGUUGUAAAUAUUUUUGUCCAUUUCACUCAGAGCUUUGGAAAAAAGUCAUUCAGAGAUGCAGUAAAGCAUAGUUUACCAAAAUGGGAAAAUGGAGCUGCAAUGUAGAGGUGUAACAUGUUGAAUAUUUAUUGGGGAGAGAGUAAUAUGUGACUUGAAUUGUAAAAUGUAAUACAAUUUAGUAAAACCAUACAUGACACGU